AUCACGUAAUGGUUUUCAGUCGCUGGUCGCACUUUCGACAGCCGUGACUUGUCCGUUUUUUGUAUUAUUAUUACUCAUCAACAUAACAAAAAUGCAACACUUUUACAAAUACUAUGCACCGUGUCGUAAUAUUAUAUUUGUUAUGAACAAGGCUUUUUUUGGGUGUAUUUAUAAAAAAUAGAAAUUGACGAAAAUACGUCCUGCGACCGUCACUUAGAUUCUCAUAGAUUAUGCUAACAUGUGAGCAGUUGUGUCAGUUGGCUUGACAGUUACGCCUCUUAACCGCUCUUAGCACACAACAACAAUUCAGAGAGGCUUAACAUUAAAGAGAAACGUUUCCAACAUAUUAACGUUCUUUGCAUUAGUUUAUUUAGGCUAACGUUGGAGCUAAAGUGUAGCAUGUCCUCUGUCAGCCACUGAAACCUCACCAGGAAAGCAGAUUUAGCACAAAAUGUCUGCGUGCAAACGUCUACUUCACUUUGUGAAGCACCGCAGCCUCUGGACGCAUGUCCGGAGAAACGUCACAACAUGGUCUCCUGUUGGAGCCGCGUUCAAUGCCGCACAUCACAAACGACCGAACGUGUUCGAGAAGAACGUGGGUUUGUUUGGGGUGCCAGAGCUCAGCUGUCCUGCAGGCUUCCAGGCCGCCACAGAAAAGGCUCUGAAGAACACGGAGCGUCUGGUGGAAAGAGCUUGCUCCUGUCCUCCAGGGGUCGAGACAGUAGAGUCCUUUGACCGACUCUCCGAUGGUUUGUGUAAAGUGGCUGAUCUGGCAGACUUCGUUAAAGUAGCACAUCCAGAUCCGGCGUUUCGCGAGGCUGCAGAGAAGGCCUGCAUAGACAUCGGCACGGUUGUGGAGAAGCUGAAUACCAACGUGGAGCUUUGCAAGAGUCUGAAAAUAUUGCUGGAGAGCCCGGAUAUUGUUGCUCAGCUGGACCCCGAUACGAGACGAGUGGCAGAGCUGUUCAUGUUCGAUUUUAAAAUCAGUGGGAUUCAUCUGGAUGACAAACUGAGGAAAGAGGCUGUCGCCCUCCACGUAAAGCUGUUGGAUCUAAACAACGAGUUUCUGGUCGGCUCUCACCUGCCGAACAGAAUUGCGAGCUCUGCUAUUCCUGAACAUCUGCAACCGCACUUUGCAGAUGAGGGAAGCUUCAUCCAAGUUGGGGGACUACAUGCAGAUUCCCCCAACGACCUGGUGCGAGAAAUUGCCUACAGGAUUUACCUUUAUCCAAAUGCAGAUUUGAUGGAGUGUCUGGACGAGCUGCUGAAAUGCAGAUACAAACUGGCCAAACUGGUGGGCUACGACUCCUACGGACACCGAGCCCUCAAGGGAACGAUGGCCAAGACCCCCGAGACGGUGAUGAGCUUUCUUCAGUUGUUAACAGACAGGCUGUCGGACAGAACAGCCAAAGACUUUACGAUGAUGGGGAACAUGAAGAAGAAACUCAACCCUCACAAUUCUGAGCUCAUGCCGUGGGAUCAUCCGUACCUCAGUGGCGUCUUGCGUGCUGAAAGGUACAACACAGAGCCCAGUCUGUACAGUCCAUAUUUGUCUCUGGGCGCCUGUAUGGAGGGUUUGAACAACCUCUUCUCUCAGCUGUACGGCGUGUCCCUGAUGUCCGAACACGCCAGUGCCGGAGAGGUCUGGAGCGAGGAUGUCCGCAAACUGGCUGUGGUACACGAGACAGAGGGAUUAAUGGGAUAUAUCUACUGUGACUUUUUCCAGCGGCAGGAUAAACCUCAUCAGGACUGUCACUUCACCAUCCGUGGUGGCCGCCAGUGCCAGGAAACGGGUCAGUACCAGCUCCCGGUCGUGGUGCUGAUGUUGAGUCUGCCCCACCCGACCAAGAGAGCCCCCACCCUGCUCACCCCCGGCAUGAUGGAGAACCUCUUCCAUGAGAUGGGACACGCCAUGCACUCCAUGCUGGGACGCACUCGCUACCAGCAUGUGACUGGAACCAGAUGUGCGACUGACUUCGCUGAAGUCCCGUCCAUCCUCAUGGAGUACUUUGCCACUGACUAUAGAGUCAUCAGCCAGUUUGCACGCCACUAUGAAACUGGACAGCCUCUCCCUGAGAAUAUGGUGGCUCGCCUGUGUGAGUCAAAGAAGGUGUGCGGCGCCGCGGACACCCAGCUGCAGAUUUUCUAUGCCGUCUUGGACCAGAUCUACCACAGCCAACCUCAGAACCACACCACCACUGACAUCCUGAAGGAGAUGCAGCAGAAGUACUAUGGCUUGCCUUAUACGCAAAAUACGGCGUGGCAGCUGAGAUUCAGCCACCUGAUUGGCUACGGGGCCAAGUACUACUCCUACCUCAUGUCCCGCGCCGUGGCCUCAAUGGUGUGGAAACAGUGCUUCGUUCAGGAUCCUUUAAAUAGGGACAUGGGUGAGCGUUACCGCCGGCAGAUGCUGGCCCACGGAGGAGCCAAGGAGCCCAUGCUGAUGGUGGAAGGGAUGCUGCAGAGACAGCCCACCAUGGAGGACUUUGUGGAUGCGCUGGUCUCCGAGCUCAACCUGAACUUUGAAACCUUCCUCAUGGACUCCGAAAGCUGAACGAUGCCUCCGGCGCCAUGGAAACCCGACUUGAACCUCGACGAGGCAAAGACACGAAACACUAGUGAAGCGCACAGACGCCGGGCCAAGAGGUGAACGAUGUGGCAGCAGCCUGCACGCUCAUUCUGACUCGGCAUCUUUACUUUGUCUGGAAAUUAAUUAACGUUUUAUAAAUUGCUGUUUUUUUUUUUCUUAGUCACAUUGACUUGUUUUGAUGUAUUUGGUUAAUUCUGCUGUAAUGUGGUAUGGAUCAAAAAGUCUUGAUCUUUGAAUAUAAUUACAGAUUAUUAUAAACCGUGUCCCAUUCACAGAUGCUCUGGACUCUCUUGUGUCAACAGUAACUUGUGCCAGGUCAGAUCAUAAAAAAACAUCUUGAGUUUGUACAUAGAUUGUUUUCCCCUUUUUAGUAGCACUGAGCGUUGUUCAAAAAUGAACAGAAAAAUCGUGCUCUGUAAUGUAACAAACUGCCAUAAAUGUCUUAGUUAAAUUUUCUGGUUAUCAUUUAUCUGCCUUUGACUAGUAUCCCAUCAUUAAUUAGCCGGUUUCAGCUCACGUACUAGCAGAGUAUUGUAUGUUCCUGAUUAAAUCAGAGUGAGGAGGAAUACUUAAUAUGUUCUUCCUGUCAUGUGGUCAUUGUUUAGACUUUUCAUUAAUACCGCUCCAUCUGUUUUGUCUGAGGAGUUAAGAGCAGGAAGAGGAGGAAGAGGAGGAGUGUUUGGUGUUCUUGAGGUCAGAGAGAGAAAUUCAGCUUGUAAAAGAAGAAGAAUAAAGCUUGUAUUACAAACUCAGGACAUCAGUUUAAAGCCAGGGAAGACACCGUUGAGUUGCAGGGAUGCAAUUAACAAUUGCUUUAUUGAUUCAUCUUUUUUUAAAUAUUUUUGCCCGAAUUAUCAAUUGCUUUGUCUAUCAAAUCCUGACACACAUUUUUCUGUUUAUCCAUUCAUUGUUUCAGCUCUAGAUUUGCGUCAUGGCAAAUUAAAGCCAGGAUUUGUCAGGGCAUUAAUUGUGUUUUACAUAAAUCCCCCAACCCCGUGAGUUGCAAUACUAAAUCGCUUGAUUUAAGAAUAAAGAAUAAAAUAAGAAAAAAUUCCUUAGUAUGUAAA